UGUCCCACAUCGGCUGAGACCGCUUGUCAGUGCGGUUUGGAUUGGGGUUUACAGACAGUCUAAACUACAGGUCCAGAAGAGUUCACCGAGUUUAUAGAAUCGAAGUGUCCAGUCCAUUUAGAUGUUAUUCAGGGGGUUAGUGGGGACUCCACAAGGGUCUGGGCAAUUGGGUCGACUCCGGACACCUUUUCCAAUGUGCGUAACGCGGUUUUAUCUCCUCGUCCUCUUGUCCGGACUAGCAACUUCAGGCGUGUUACCGGUCAGUGGGAUGAGGGUGUACACGUCGGGGGAGGUGGAGGCGGUGAACGGCACAGAUGUGCGACUGAAAUGUACCUUCCAGAGCAGCUCGCCCAUCACCCCAGCAAUGAUCACGGUCUCAUGGAGCUUCCGCCCCCUCGGACAUGGCCAUGAGGAGUCAGUGUUCUACUACCAUGAGAGGCCUUACCCUCCCACAGACGGGCGUUUCCAUAAGCGGGCGACAUGGGCGGGUGACAUCAUGGGGCGGGACGCCUCCAUCGUGGUGCGUGAGGUCAAGUUCACCUACAACGGGACAUUCAGCUGCCAGGUGAAGAACCCUCCAGACGUCCACGGCAACGCGGGGGAGGUGAAACUAAACGUGGUCACCACAGCCUCCUUCUCUGAGAUUGUCAUUCUGGCUGCAGCCAUCGGGGGCGCCAUCAUGCUGAUGGUCAUCUUCCUCGUCAUCAUCAUGUCAAUAAGGCGAUGUCGCUAUAAGAGACAGGAGGAGGAGGAGGGGGUGGAGGAACUCCCUCGCAGAGAGAGAAAGGACCCUACCGUGUGGUAAAACAGAGAGAGAGAGAAGGAGCGAGAGAGAGUGGGAUCUGUGGUGGCUGGGCUCUGUGGUGCUCACCUCUGGGACUGGGCUCAGCCAAACGCUCUGUCUGCGUGGACACUCUCCUCUGAACCUAGCUUUGGAACCAAAACCUGGACCUAUCGUUGGGCAGAUGUUUUUACAAAGAGCAAACUUAAAUGCUAAAAGUGCCUUAGACUACUACUGUAGAUUAUCCAUCUACUGGAUCCUGUAUCUUACCGCCAUGCUCCUUUCUGGAAAGACAGUAUGCCUGCAUUAAUCUUCUCCUGUAUAUCAAAUGGGCUUCCGAACACAUUUCUCCUGUUUAAGUAUAGAUGUUUUAUAAGAUAGUUAUGGAAAAUAAUGUUCUGUUGUGAUUUACUACUAACCAGUUUCAAACUCUAACAUCUACCCAAUCAAUUUCCAACCGCAUAGCACUUAGUAAGCCAAUGUCCAUUGUUGUAUAGGUACCAGCGGUCUCUCUCUCAUCUGGUUCAACAAGAUGUCUUUACAUUUCUGUCUUAGUUUACUGCUGAUCAAUGAUAUUAUUUGGUUUUGUUCAGAAGUGAUUUUGUAUUAUUUGUAAACAGAAGUUGUGUUUUUUAUCAGUGAAAAUGUUCAACUACUGCAGAAAUACUCAAAAUGCUGUCAAUAUUCACUGCAAGACCUAAGGCACUUGCAUAAAGCCGACAUUUCUCAAGUAUUAUAAUCAACAUACAGUUGAUUAUAUCAACAAUGUUAAAUCAUUAUGUUCAAAUUAUUAAACAUUUCAAAUAACUAUUUCA